AGCAAAAUAUGACGAGGAUGGCGAGGAGUUGUAUGCAGUCAUUGUUGAAAGUGGUGAAUUCGGUUAUUGGAAUGGUAGGAAUCGCAAUGAUUUUGUAUGCUCUUUGGAUGUUUAGGGUUUGGCAUAAGCAGAUGGGUCCUUAUCCUCCUCCUUUCUUUGGACCUGAUGCCCCUGCACCAUGGUUCAUUUACGCAACACUUGGUCUUGGAAUAACUUUGUCCAUAGUCACUUGCUCGGGUCACAUUGCUGCAGAGACUGCUAAUGGCUGUUGCUUAUAUAUUUACAUGGUUUUUGUGUUCCUACUUCUCAUGAUAGAAGCAGCUGUGACGGUAGAUGUAUUCCUUAACAGAAACUGGCAAGAGGACUUUCCCAAGGACACGACAGGGAAUUUCGAUGAGCUCAAACACUUUGUGAAAGAUAACUUUGAUAUCUGUAAAUGGAUUGGCUUGUCAGUAGUGACUGUGCAGGGGCUAACUAUAUUAUUGGCAAUGAUCCUCAAAGCUCUAGGACCACAUCAGGAAAGGUGUUAUUAUGAGAGCGAUGAUGAUUAUAUGCCCGACAGAGUCCCACUAUUGAAGAGUUAUGUUCCUUCAUCUUCUUAUGUUGUCGGCGACCCUAUGUAUGGACCUAAGAAUGAUGCUUGGAAUAUCAGAAUUAACAGCAAGGUAGCCAGAUGAGCACCAAGUUCAGUUCGGUCAAUCAGCAAGAACCAAAUUUGCGAUACAAUCGUUUGCAUUGUGCAAAAUGUGUGUAAAGUUGAAGGUGGAAUUCACAUGCUUUCGACCUUUGGUAGAAUUCGUAUAAACAUAUGCAGUGCGUGUAUAUUCCCGAUUCCAUACACUCUUACACUUGCUGGAUAAUGUGAAAAUUUAGCUCUCAAGAGUCGAAAAAUUCCUACUUCGAUCGCCUUAUGUUUAUAUUAUAUAUAAUAUAAUAGUAGAAUCAUUAAGUUUACCAGUACAAAAAAGAAGAAGAAAUCUCAUCGUUGAAUUCUUUUGCAGUAUUUACUUAUUUGUUUGUCCCUAUUGUUGACUAACAAUCAAUCAUGCUUGUUGUUAUAAG